AGAAAGAAAAAGUGAGGAUUUUACUCUGCAUAAUUCACAUUUUUGGUCUCCAAAAGUAACCAAACCCUCUUUUUCUCUUCUCUUUGAAAGGUCGUCUUCUAGCUUGGGGUUUUCCACAGCCCCCAAGCCAAAAAAAAUCCCUCCCCUCCUCAGAUCUCACACUCUGAGACACCCACAACAACUUAUAUUCCAAGUUCCCUAAUCUCAAAUCUCAAAUCUCAAAUCUCUCCCUCUUUCUCUAUCUGUCCAUGGCUUCGUCUGGUAACCCGAACCAGCAACAGCAGCCCAUCGCCACCUUCGACAUGCAUACCUUCUUCAAACCCACGAACCCUUCGCCGCCGCAACCACCGAACCCUCCAAAUCUAAACACUUCGCCCCCAUUUCCGCCUCCCUCCGGCCCCUACUCCUACCCGCCCCAAUCCGCACCGUUUCAACCCAACCCUUACCAACACUACCCUUACCAUCCUCAACCCCAAAACUCACCCUUGCACCACCAGCGCUCCCUCUCCUACCCCACUCCUCCUCUACAACCCCCAAUCUCUUCGCCAACUAACCCUAACCCUAACUCUGGGGCCCGCCUCAUGGCUCUCCUCAACCCCAAUCAGCCCCCUCCGCCGGCCCCACCCAACCCUCCCUCCUCGCCGGCGAUCAUGAAUCUGAUGCCGCCGCCGCCGAUUCGGAUGCCGAGCAGUAAGCUCCCCAAGGGCCGGCACUUGGGCGGCGACCGCGUGGUCUACGACGUCGACGUGAGGCUGGAAGGGGAGGCCCAGCCCCAGCUGGAGGUCACUCCCAUCACCAAGUACCAGUCCGAUCCACACCUCGUCUUCGGCCGCCAGAUUGCCGUCAACAAGUCCUAUAUCUGCUAUGGUUUGCGCCAGGGCAAUAUCCGCGUCCUCAACAUCAACACUGCUUUGCGCUCUCUGCUUCGCGGUCACGCCCAGAGGGUCACAGACAUGGCUUUCUUUGCUGAGGAUGUUCACCUUUUGGCUAGUGUUGGCGUAGAUGGACGGGUUUAUGUGUGGAAGAUUUCUGAAGGCCCUGAUGAAGAAGAUAAGCCUCAAAUUACAGGAAAAGCUGUUGUUGCCAUUCAAAUUACAGGAGAGGAGGGAGCUACACAUCCACGAGUUUGUUGGCACUGCCACAAACAAGAAAUUUUGGUCGUUGGGAUUGGAAAACGAAUUCUGAGAAUUGAUACCAUCAAAGUUGGAAAGAAUGAAGUGUAUUCAGCAGAGGAACCUCUCAAAUGUCAUGUUGAUAAGGUUAUUGAUGGGGUCCAGCUUGUUGGUAAUCAUGAUGGAGAAGUGACUGAUUUGUCGAUGUGCCAAUGGAUGACAACCCGUUUAGUUUCUGCUUCUACUGAUGGAACGGUAAAGAUCUGGGAAGAUCGCAAGUUUGCACCACUCGCGGUAUUCAGACCACAUGAAGGCCAGCCUGUUUGUUCGGCAACAUUUUUAACUGCUUCCCAUCGGCCAGAUCACAUCAUACUUAUUACAGCGGGAUCACUAAAUCGAGAAGUGAAGACGUGGGCAUUGACAAGUGAAGAAGGCUGGCUACUGCCUAGUGAUGCCGAAUCAUGGAAGUGUACCCAGACAUUGGAAUUGAAGAGCACAGCUGAACCUCGAGUUGAGGAGGCAUUCUUCAAUCAAGUCGCGGCAUUGUCCAAAGCAGGCCUUCUCUUACUUGCAAAUGCUAAGAAGAAUGCUAUAUAUGCUGUACACUUAGACUAUGGUCCUAAUCCAGAGGCAACCCGCAUGGAUUACAUUGCUGAGUUUACAGUAACCAUGCCCAUUUUGAGUUUUACAGGGACAAGUGAUAUAUUACCUCAUGGUGAAAAUAUUAUUCAGGUUUAUUGUGUCCAGACACAAGCCAUUCAGCAAUAUGCUUUGGACUUGGCCCAGUGCUUGCCACCACCACUGGAGUACAUGGGGUUAGAAAAGUCGGAUUCAAAUGUUUUGCGUGAUGCAACUAGUGCAGAAGGAUUUGCUGCUUUGGACCCAUCUGGAAGUAAACCUACGGAGAUGCUGCCAUUAGCUGGUUCAACUCCCAAACAAAACAUACAAGUAAGUAGCUCGGAGAGUGCAACUGCAGUGAGGUAUCCUGUAAGCUCUGGUUCUGCUGAGGCUGCAACUUCGAAAGACAUUAACAGUUUGAGUACAGAAUAUAAACCUGUUGCACUGACACCAGUAACUAGUGAUGCUGAUGGUGUUUCUGUCGCAUCACCUCCUCUUCCUUUGACUCCUAGGUUGUCUAGAGAGCUUUCUGGUUUUAGGAGUCCAUCAAGUAACUUUGAGCCAGGUCCCCCUCUCAGUAUCCAUGUUGGAGACCAACCAGUUAAUGACUAUUCGGUUGACAGGCAAGUGGACACCAUUCGUGCAAACUUUUUUGAUGUGCCUCCAUUGGAUGAUGAUUCUAGGAAUGAUAAGACAAAAGCUACGUCAAAUGCACAAGAUGAUUUACCUUCUGUGCUUAAUCCUCAUCUCAUGUUCAAACAACCAACUCAUCUGGUAACUCCCUCUGAGUUAAAAGAAAAUUCAUCCUCUGGAACUACUAAUGCUAUUGAUGGCAAGAGUGAGGGAGAGGCAAGUAUCCAGGAUGUGAUUGUCAACAGUGAUGCGGGUAAUGCUGAGGUGGAGGUGAAAGUAGUUGGUGAAACAAGAUCUACUCAAAAUGAUGAAUUUGGCCCUCAGGGAGAUUCUCAAAAACUUUCGUUAGAAAAUAAGGAAAAAUACUUCUGUUCGCAAGCUUCAGAUCUUGGUAUUGAGAUGGCCCGAGAAUGCUGUGCUAUAUCAGCAGAACCUUAUAUCAUGGAGGAAGCUCGGCAAGUCGAUGGUGUCAAUGUAAUGGACCCAUUGGCCGAACAUCCUAAUGCUGAUGAGGACGAAGUCCCUGGCUCCACAAAAAAUGUGUCUGGAAAGGUUUCUGAGUCAUCUACGUCCACACCAGUCCAGCCAUCAUCCACACCAAAUACAAAAGGAAAAAAACAGAAGGGGAAAAAUUCUCAAGCUUCACGUCCAUCUUCACCAUCUCCAGGUGCUUUUAAUUCAACAGAUUCUUUGAAUGAACCAAGUGGAAGUACGAGUCUCCCCUCUUCUGAAGCCCCUUUUUCUCAAAUUUUGGCCAUGCAGGAGACGCUUAAUCAGCUCAUGUCAAUGCAAAAGGAAAUGCAGAAGCAGAUGACAACAAUGAUAUCUGUUCCAGUUAGCAAAGAAUGUAAAAAACUAGAGGCAAACCUGGGGCGUAGUAUGGAGAAAGCUGUCAAGGCCAAUACAGAUGCUUUGUGGGCUCGUUUUCAAGAAGAGAAUGCAAAAAAUGAGAAGUUAUUACGAGACCGUACACAGCAAAUCACCAGUUUGAUUAGUAACUUUAUGAAUAAAGACUUCCCAAUGUUGUUAGAAAAAGCAGUGAAGAAGGAAAUGGCUGCAGUAGGGCCAGCAGUAGUUCGCUCAAUCACUCCAGCUAUUGAGAAGACAAUAUCUUCAGCCAUUGUGGAGUCUUUUCAGAGAGGAGUUGGUGAUAAGGCAGUUAACCAACUGGAGAAAUCUAUCAAUGUAAAACUUGAAGCUACUGUUGCUAGGCAAAUCCAAGCACAGUUUCAAACUUCUGGCAGACAAGCUCUUCAGGAUGCUUUAAAACAUAGUUUGGAAACAUCAGUGAUCCCUGCCUUUGAGAUGUCAUGUAAAGCCAUGUUUGAGCAAGUAGACACAACAUUUCAGAAAGGAAUGAUUGAACAUUCAACUGCAGCUAAGCAACACUUUGAGUCUGCACAUUCUCCAUUGGCACAUGCUCUAAGGGAUGCCAUUAAUUCUGCGUCAACAGUGGCUCAAACCUUGGGCGGAGAAGUGCUCGAGGGUCAAAGAAAGCUAUUAUCUCUUGCAGCUGCAGGAGCAAACUCAAGUGCAGUCAAUCCCUUGGUCUCCCAACUGAGCAAUGGACCCUUGGGUGGUCUCCAUGAGAAGGUUGAGGUGCCCGUUGAUCCAACGAAGGAGUUAUCAAGAUUGGUAUCUGAACGCAAAUAUGACGAGGCUUUCACUGCAGCCCUACAAAGAAGUGACGUGUUCAUUGUAUCCUGGCUAUGCUCCCAGGUUGAUCUACGGGGGAUCUUGUCAGUGGUUCCUCUCCCAUUGAGCCAAGGAGUUUUGCUCUCUCUUUUGCAGCAACUAGCCUGUGAUAUCAGUAACGACUUACCCCGAAAGCUUGCUUGGAUGACAGAUGUGGCUAAUGCCAUAAUCCCAACAGACCCAAUGAUUGCAAUGCAUGUGCGGCCCAUCUUUGAUCAAGUCUAUAACAUACUCAACCAUCAACGUGGCUUGCCUACAAUUACUGGUGCUGAGCUCUCAAAUAUCCGUCUUUUGAUGCAUGUCAUCAAUUCUAUGCUCACGACCUGUAAAUGACCCUACCAUUUUCUCUAAAUCGUGCAAAUUACAUGUAUUGUGGAGCUUGUACAAAUCUCACAGGAAGGGGUCCCAACAUUGUAGAGUCAAAAGUAUCUUUAGGAUCUGUGAAAAAGGCUAGGGUUCUUCAGGUUCAUAUCUUAGUUUCGCCUUGUUUUCUUGUCCAAAGUUUUCUGCCGAAAUGAAAUUUUGCAUUUUGUAUUCCA